UUUUUCAUCAUUAUCACAUUUAGACCUACAAAAAAUACAAAAUGAAAUACCCAUGAAUACCGUAAUUGUGAGGCAAAUAUGUUUUGAUCACAGCCACAGCGCCUAUACGAUCCCCUCGGUUGGUGUUUGCGCUUGUCUUUUUCCUUUUCAACCUUCAUCGGUAGAACUGUUGGGAAGUCUUCAUCGGGCUGUAUAAGCUUUUUUUUCCUGUCUUCCACCUAAUAUGGAUUCUUCUUGACGUUGACGAUCGGUUUUCCCGUGAAGAAGAAGGGUGAUGGCAUUUUUCAGGUCCACUUACGACCGAAGGAGUGAAGGUUCGCCAUGCUCGAUAAUUGAGUUUGAACUAGCGCAAAAUAAGCCAUCUUUCUCUCUCACACACACACAGGGUAAAAGAACCACUCCGUCUAUUUUUUAUCUUGUAUCUUUCUACAAAGUCAUCUCUUUAAAAUACGCUUAA